AUGGCUAAAACCGACAUUGUCGAGCAUGUCUCGGGACAAUCGAACAGACCCCUGAGCAACCUAGCUCAUUGCUUAACGUAUGAGAAACUGGCACAGGAAUUGACGGUUAACCUUGAGGAUGGACUUACCACAGCUGAAGCUAAAGCGCGUCUCGAAGAGUACGGAAAAAAUGAACUUGAUAACGGACCUGGUGUUCAACCAGUCAAGAUUCUCAUUCAUCAAGUCGCCAAUGCGAUGAUUCUGGUUUUGAUAAUGGCCAUGGCUGUCAGUUUCGGUAUUGGCUCAUAUAUCGAAGGUGGUGUCAUCUCGGCAGUCAUAUUUCUCAAUAUUGUGAUUGGCUUUUACAAUGAGCUCAGGGCGGAAAAGACAAUGGAUUCAUUGCGCUCCCUGAGUUCCCCUACGGCAAAUGCGGUUAGAGAUGGAAAGAUCCAAGUGGUGCCUACUGUUGAAAUUGCUGUUGGUGAUAUGAUCGAGGUCAAGAUGGGUGAUACUAUUCCGGGAGAUAUCCGAUUAGUUGAAAGUAUGAACUUUGAGGCUGACGAAUCUAUGAUAACCGGUGAAGCACUGCCAAUCCCGAAGGAUGCAAAUGGGGUUUUUGAUACCGAAACCCCAACUGGUGAUCGUCGUAAUGUUGCUUUCAGCUCCACUCCUGUUACUAGAGGCCGAGCACGCGGCAUCGUUUAUGCAGUGGGUAUGAAAACAGAAGUUGGAUCGAUUGCCAAGUCUCUCGGACAGAAAUCACGUAAAAUUCGAGAGGUCAAGCGUAAUGAAGCUGGUAAAGCAAAGCCGCAUCGAUAUGCUCAGGCUUGGGCACUUACCACGACUGAUUUUGUCGGAAGUUUUCUCGGCACCAAUGUUGGUACUCCAUUGCAACAGAAGUUAUCCCGACUUGCUUGUGGACUAUUCAUCGUUGCUGUUAUCUGCGCAAUCAUUGUCUUAGCCGCGAACAAAUUUUCUAAUAACCAAGAAGUUAUUAUUUACGCUGUUGCUACGGGUCUUUCAAUGAUUCCUGCUUCACUGAUAGUGGUCUUGACCAUCACCAUGGCCGCAGGAACUAAGGUAAUGUCAGAGAAAAAUGUGGUUGUACGCAGAAUGAACGCUCUUGAAGCACUAGGCGCAGUUACUGAUAUUUGCUCGGAUAAAACUGGAACUCUCACCCAAGGAAAAAUGGUUGCAAAGAAGGUUUGGAUGCCGUCUAGAGGAACCUACUCUGUUGGACCGUCUAGCAACCCGAUCAAUCCCGAGGAAGGAGAUUUGUCCCACUGCGAGAAAUCUCCAUAUCAAAUGGAUAAAGAGGAGAGCGAAGAAAAAACAGAUUCAUUUUCAAACCUUUUACAAGAUAAUAAUGAUCUUCGAGCGUUGCUUAACAUUGCUUCAAUGGCAAAUCUUGCUCAUAUUCACAAAAGCGAAGAUGGAUGGAAAGCAAGAGGUGAUCCAACUGAAAUCGCAAUUCAGGUCUUUGCCCACAGAUUUGGAUGGGAUAGGGAACGGUGGACGGCCGGAGACUCGCCUCAAUGGAAACAACUUGCUGAAUUCCCCUUCGACUCUAAAGUCAAGAAGAUGUCUGUCAUUUUCGAACACGGAGAAUCUGGGAACUCGAUGGUUUUCACAAAGGGUGCAGUCGAAAGGGUGAUUUCAUCCUGUCCACGUGUAAGAAUGCGAAACGAUGACAUUGUAGUAAUGACAGAAGAGAUGCGUGAGGAGAUUCUCAGCAACAUGGAAGCUCUUGCCUCACAGGGUCUACGUGUAUUAGCUCUGGCUGGUAAAGAAUGGGAGGGCCCUGCGAAGAUAGAUGCGCAACAAUUCAAGACUGAAGAAGAAAGAAGAGAAGCAGAGGAAAAUUUGAGGAUGGAAGUGGAGGAUGAUUUAAUCUUCCAUGGACUCAUUGGUCUUUACGAUCCUCCUCGUAUAGAAUCCGAGGCGUCGGUCCAACAAUGUCAUCAAGCAGGUAUCGCGGUGCACAUGCUUACUGGCGAUCAUCCAGAAACUGCACGUGCUAUCGCAGCCCAGGUUGGCAUUUUACCAAAAGAUACUUCUACAAUAGGAAGAGAUAGUAUGAAUGUGAUGGUUAUGGCAGCAAGCGAAUUCGACAAGCUUAGCGAGAAACAAAUUGACGCCCUUCCAAUCCUACCUCUAGUUAUCGCACGAUGCUCACCACAGACCAAAGUUCGCAUGAUUGAAGCUCUACACAGACGAAAGCUCUUUGCUGCUAUGACAGGUGAUGGUGUUAACGAUUCUCCUUCUUUAAAACAAGCAGAUGUUGGUAUCGCAAUGGGUCAGAUGGGAUCUGAUGUAGCUAAGGAUGCAUCAGAUAUCAUUCUCAAGGAUGACAAUUUUGCUUCGAUUCUUAAUGCUGUUGAAGAAGGAAGACGAAUGUUUGACAAUAUCCAAAAGUUUAUAUUACAUUUGUUGGCCCAAAAUAUUGCUCAAGCUUGCACGCUUCUCAUCGGACUCGCCUUUAAAGAUUCCACCGGAACUUCCGUGUUUCCUUUAACACCUGUGGAGAUUCUAUGGGUCAUUAUGAUCACAUCUGGUAUGCCAGAUAUGGGUCUUGGUUUCGAAGCAGCAGCCCCAGAUAUCAUGGAUCGACCACCUCAAUCUCUCAAAAGAGGUGUAUUCACCAACGAAGUAAUGAUCGAUAUGUUAGUCUACGGUCUCUGGAUGGCCGCCCUCUGUCUUUCCGCCUUCUCUCUCGUUCUCUUCGGCUGGGGCACCGGUGAUCUCGGCUCCGAAUGCAACGAUGGCUAUUCUGCACAAUGCGAUAAUGUCUUCCGAGCUCGCGCCACUACAUUCGUCUGUCUAACCUGGUUUUCGCUCUUCCUCGCUUGGGAAAUGAUUAAUCUUCGCCGGUCUUUCUUCCGCAUGAAGCCCGGCAGUAAGAAAUAUUUCACGCAAUGGAUCCACGAUAUUUGGGCCAAUAAACUUUUAUUCUGGGCUGUGAUUUCUGGUUUCGUAACGGUUUUCCCAACGCUUUAUAUUCCUGUCAUUAAUCGAAAAGUUUUUAAGCAUGAGGGUAUUACGUGGGAAUGGGGCAUUGUAUUCAUAGAAUCUAUGUUAUUUUUCGUGGGUAUAGAAUCCUGGAAGUGGAUUAAGAGGGUUUAUUUUAGACAUCAGAAGAAGAGGGGAACGGGUGUGGUGAGAGAUGUGCGGGAGAUGGAUAGUGGGAAGGCUAUUAUGGAGAUUUUGCAGGCGCAGAGUUCGCAUGUUACUAGGAAGGGUUCGAAGGUGGCGCAGGUGGAUGAGAAGUUUAGGGAUGCUGAGAGUGGUGAUUUUAGUUCCUAG